UUCAAGGGGCCUUGGAAGAAAAAUUCCCGCUGAUGUUAUUUCACACAAAACAUCAACUCUUUUGGAUGCUGCUGAACCUAUCUAUGACCUUUGUGCAGGCAAAUACUCACGAACUGGCCUUUGCAGCGACGAAAUAAGUGAUGCGGUGCGGUGUUGCGAUCGCGGCCGGCCGGGGCAUGCACUGGCCGCCGUCUUCAUGGUGGUGAGGAGCGCUCGCGCUGGACCCGCGGUGGAAAAGGGGGCCAACAUCGUGGCGGGCCUCUGGCUGCUGCUUCUGGCGGGGCUGUGGGGUCGCGCAUUUGGGGGGAUGCUCCUGGCGCAGUACCCGGGCCCCGCCGAUCCACCGAUCCACUUCUCGCACCUGGCGAUCGACCACCAGACGAAGAAGAUCUUCGCCGCGGGCACCAACCGCCUGCUCCAGCUCGACGCCGACCUGAACCUGGAGCACUCGGUGAUGACCGGUCCGAAGAACGACAGCCCCUCGUGCCACGCCAGCGGCUGCACGGACGCCGACGUGCCGCUAGCGCUCACCGACAACCACAACAAGAUUUUACUGAUCGAGCCGGAGUCGAGGACGCUCAUUUUGUGUGGUUCGAUUUUCCAAGGUGCGUGCUAUAAGUAUAAACUGAGCAACGUCAGUGCGGAGCCGGACUUUAUUCCGAGGGCGAUCGCCGCCAACGAUGCGAAUGCCUCGACGUACGCGUACAUCGGGCCCAAGAGCUACAAUCUCUGGGGGCGCUCGAAUAUAUUGUAUGUGGGGACGACUUUCACGAACAACGGGGAGUACCGGCAUGACGUACCAGCGAUUGCUAGUAGAGACCUGGACACGCUGGAUAUCGCUGAGUACUCUUUCAGCAAACAGUCACAUUUGAGCAUCGACGUCAAAUAUAGAGACCACUUCAUAGUGCAGUAUGUCUACGGGUUCAACGCAAGCGAUUACGCGUACUUUCUUAUAGUCCAGAAACAGUCGCACCUGCCGGGACAGGAAGAACAAGGCUACGUUUCGAGGUUAUCCAGGACUUGUAUUAACGACGCCAACUACGACAGCUACACCGAAGUGACGCUCCAGUGCGUCGAUGGUGAUCAAAAAUACAACCUGGUGCAAGAUGCGAAAAUCGCGACGGCUGGAGAAGAACUGGCCAAUUCCCUAGGGAUUACAAUCGGGACGGCGGUUUUAAUCGCCGUUUUUAGACCAGCCCGUGGGAUCACCAACGAACCUCAACCACACUCAGCUCUCUGUCUUUACCCUUUGCGUGAUAUCGAAGCCAAAUUCAUCGAAAACAUUCACAUGUGUUUCAACGGGAGCGUCAAAUAUAGGAACAUGGGCUACGUUUCGGGGCUAAUCCUCGACGGGAAAUGUCCCACGAGCGGGUCCGCGGGCAACAUUCCGAAUUUUUGCGAAGUCGGCUUAAAAAUUAGCGGCGCAACUCCAAUCGUGGGCACUGCGGCUCUAGUAUUUCCUAAUAUCUCUCUAUCGGCUGUUUCCACCGCAUCGACAGGAAGACAUGUGUUAGCAUUCCUCGGAACUACAGACGGGAAAUUGAAAAAGGUACUUUUAUCGGGACCUGUUCCUACAGAAUAUGAGGAAGUUGUAGUCGACGAAGGUAACUCUAUAUUACCCGACACGACUCUCUCGACUUCAGGAGAUUACCUCUACGUCCUCUCUACGUCAAAGAUAUCAAAAAUUAACGUCGAGCACUGCAGCAGCUACAACAACUGUUCGGCUUGCUUAGAAUCAAAAGAUCCCUAUUGCGGGUGGUGUUCUCUUGAAAAGAAGUGCACUGUUCGCAGUGCUUGCCUGAAGGCCUCUCACAGCCCUCCCCGUUGGUUGUCGCUAGGCACGGGGCAACAGUGUAUAGACUUCGAGCAAGUCUUACCCGAACGAAUUCCGAUUAAUCAAAUGACAACCGUCCGUCUUACAAUAAAAACUCUUCCAGAACUUCCAUAUGGUGCUAAAUAUAAGUGUGUGUUUGGUUCCGCGGAACCCAUCGAUGCCGUCGUGACGGAAUUCGGACUGUCUUGUCCGACACCUGAUGUCUUGAGACGUCCACAAAUUCCACCGCUGAAAGACCACGUGCUCGUACCGCUCAGCGUACGUUCCUCGGAAACGAACAAAGAUUUCGUAUCGAGAAACUUCGCCUAUUACGACUGUUCUAAACACACCACUUGUAUGCAAUGUGUCAAGUCGCAGUGGGCGUGCAAUUGGUGUGUCUAUGAAAACAAAUGUACACACAAUACCUCAGUCUGUCAACGCAACAUCAUUAGCGGCGAAAACAAUCCCGUGCAUUUGCCAAACCACGGGUUCGAGUAUUGUCCGCAGUUUCGUCGGCGCGACGUCAUUUUGUUGCCGACGAACGUGCCCAAACAGAUGGUUUUCGAGGUUAAAAAUUUACCCCACCCGCAAGCUGCUCACUCGGGAUUUCAAUGCAUUAUAAUUAUCGAAGGUGCUACAAUGUUAGUCCCGGCUCGAGUGGCUUACAAUAAGCAUAUUGUUUGUGAUAACACUACAUACUCGUACGAGGCAAACGAAGGGGAGUACGAAGCUAACGUGACGGUUGUUUGGAACAGAAACCACCACAUUGACUCGAUGACGGUGAAAUUGUAUAAAUGUGAUAUAUUGGGUUCGCACCGCGAACACGCGGACUGCUCUCUUUGCGUUACCAGAAACUCAAAAUACCAGUGCACCUGGUGCGGAAACACUUGCACUUAUAGCGAGACCUGCCAGCAAAUACCUCACAUUGAGUGUCCGAGGCCUCGAAUCGACAUGAUUAAGCCGCUGAGCGGGCCGAUAGAGGGCGGCACCUUGGUGACGAUAGAAGGCAGUAACCUAGGCUUGAAAAAGGAAGACGUUCAAGGGAAAAUCAAAAUCGGGGAUGUACCCUGCGAGCUCGUCAACUACGAGGUUUCGGUGAAAAUCCAGUGCGUGACGGGACCGUCGGGAGGCGAGAUGACCGCCCCAAUAAUAGUAGGCAACGAAGCCGGGUUUACCGAGUCGUCGGUGGAGUUCAGUUACAAAGACAUUAAGCUGUUCGGGAUAGAUCCGACGAAGGGGCCUCUGUCCGGCGGCACCCAGUUGGCGAUUAGGGGACAGUAUCUGAAUAUCGGCUCGGAAAUAACCGCGUAUUUAGACGAUUACGUCUGUCAGGUUAAUUUAACUCAAGCUUCUAGCGGACGUUUGACUUGUAUUACGUCGCGAGCACACGAGUCUGUGAAUAUAGCUAAACUUACUUUAAGUAUAGAUGGCGCUAAUCGUACUUUAGAAGGUAAUCCGUUUAAUUACACGCAAGAUCCCACGAUUAUGGAAAUUAAGCCGUUGAAAAGUUUUGUGUCUGGAGGAAGAAUGAUUUUUGUUCAUGGCACUAAUUUAAGCAGCAUUCAGGCUCCCGAAAUGGAGGUUUAUUCAGAUGGCGAACCUUCCGUCGCUAUUAAUAAAACUUCUUGUACAGUCUUAAGUGCUACACAAAUUGAAUGUCCGAGUCCUUCAGUUAAUCGCCAGUUUCUUUUAGCCAGUAGCAGAGCUAGAAGAUCACUUAGACAGCCGUCUGCCAUUAAAAUGCCAGAAGCUCAGCUUAUUGUCAAAAUCGGUUUUAUUAUGGACAAUGUACAGUCGGUUAAGGACUUAGAUAAGCAUUUUCCUAAUUUAAGAAGUCAGUUGUUAUACGUAGAAGACCCUAAGUUUUUUAAAUUUCCUAAUCAAAUUAAGCUUUAUAAAGGUGAUACGUUAGUUAUAGAGGGCGAAAACUUAAACAUGGCUAGUGAUGAAACUGAUGUAGUUGUAACAAUAGGGACAAAACCGUGCAACGUCACCGGUUUAGCAAUGAGUCAGUUGGUUUGUUCACCACCUGAACAACAACCACUCGACACAGACGAGAACGGCGUAAAGACUGAUACUAAUCUUCCUUUGGUCGUGGUACGAGUAGGAAGAAACCUGAGGUUUCCGCUGGGUUAUUUACGUUACGACAUAUAUAAAAGCUUCGCUUUCCCCCCAGAAGCAAUGGCUAUGAUAGCGGCCGGUUCAAUUUUAUUCGUCUUGUUUUUUUUCGCUGUACUCUUCGUAUAUCGUCGUAAAUCCACUCAAGCGGAACGCGAAUACAAACGUAUUCAAAUACAAAUGGAUACAUUAGAGAGUAACGUAAGAUCUGAAUGUAAAUUAGCAUUUGCCGAACUUCAAACCGACAUGACUGAUCUCACCGCGGACUUGGAAAAUUCAGGAAUACCAACCUUGGAUCAUACUAGUUACAUCAUGAAAGUGUUUUUCCCGGGAGUGAGCGAUCACCCGAUUUUAAACGCACCAAAGGUGCGCAUUAACGGACCGCGGACUAACUAUGACACGGCAAUGCUACAAUUUGAGCAGUUAAUCAACAAUAAACACUUUGUAUUAGUUUUUAUAGAAAUUUUAGAGUCCCAGAAGUCUUUUAACAUACGUGAUAAAGUGACUGUUGCGUCGUUGUUGAUGGUAGUUUUAAUGGGCAAAAUGGAAUACGCCACCGAUAUAUUAAAAAGUUUGCUUCUACGUUUGAUAGAUAAGUCGGUUAACACAAAGCAUCCGCAACUUAUGUUACGAAGAACCGAAAGUGUGGUUGAGAAGAUGUUAACCAACUGGAUGGCGCUUUGUAUGUACUAUUAUUUAAAAGAGUACGCAGGUUCUUCGUUGUUUUUGUUAUUUAAAGCGAUUAAGCAUCAGAUAGAGAAAGGCUUGGUAGAUGCGAUCACGCACGACGCUCGUUAUUCUUUAUCUGAAGAAAGGUUGUUAAGAGAACAAGUAGAACAUAAUCCUGUGACUUUGCACAUUGUGCAAGACGAUUUAGAUGAAAAAAUUCAAUGUAAAGUUUUAGACUGUGAUACAAUCAGUCAAGUCAAAUCUAAAAUCUUAGAUGCUCUCUUUAAAAAUACACCAUUUUCGUUGCGUCCUUCAAUACAUGAGGUUGAUUUAGAGUGGCGACAUGGAAGGGGUGGCCACUUAACCCUUCAAGACGAAGACUUAACUACGAAAACUGUCGGGUCGUGGAAAAAAUUAAACACUUUGGCUCAUUACGGUGUUAAGGAAAGUGCAGUAAUGUCACUAAUUUCACGACAGAAUGACAGUUUUAAUAACUGUAAACAACCUUGUCAUAAUUGUGUGGCAGGCAUGUACUUUAACAAUUCUCAAUCACCCAUAAUUACAACAAACGGCGACGUCGAAACUGGAACUAAUCCAAGGAUAUAUCAUCUCGUUAAACCCAUAGACGAUCAUCAAUUCCCCAACAACAAACUAGCCGAGAGAACUCAUAAAGCUAUACCAGAGAUAUUUUUGACGCGACUUUUAUCCACCAAAGGGACGAUUCAAAAAUUCGUUGAUGAUUUCUUUUUAACUAUAUUGACAGUAAACGAGGCGCUACCCCCAGCGGUGAAAUGGUUGUUCGACCUUUUGGACGAAGCGGCAAGAAAACAUGGAAUCCAAGACCCUGAAGUUGUACACGCGUGGAAAUCGAAUAGUCUUCCUCUUAGAUUUUGGGUUAAUUUUAUAAAAAAUCCCGACUUUAUAUUUGAUAUAAAUAAAACUACAACUUUGGACUCUUGCUUGUCUGUUAUAGCGCAAACUUUCAUGGAUUCUUGCUCCACCACCGAGCACAGGUUGGGCAAGGACUCUCCGUCUAACAAGCUACUGUUUGCAAAGGAUAUCCCUCGGUACCGAGAAAUGGUGGCCCAGUUCUACCACGACGUGGCCACCUUGCCCGUAAUCACCGAUCAAGAAAUGGGUUCCGCCAUGCAGCAGCUGUCUGCUCAACAAGCCGACGAGUUCGACACGGUGGCGGCUCUGAAGGAGUUGUACAUCUACGUGACGAAGUACAGAGAGCAGAUAAUCGAGGCUCUGAAAAACGAUAUAAACUGCCGUCGGUUGCAUUUGGCACAAAGGCUGGAUAGUGUUGCUUAUACCCUCGGAGGUGAAGACACUUCAGCUUGCUGACCUCGUCAGUCACCUGAUCCCCUGCUGCCCCGACCCUUGGCGCCCUGAUUCCAUGCGCAUUUUGCACCGACACGCCGAUAGAGGGAGCAUGUGGGUGCAUAUGAGCGUGUUAUACUGUGAUAUGGCGCACGAUCAGGUGACUGUGAUUGGAUGCGUACUUACCCUCCAGCGGCUGCUAGUUUCCUUCCUGAGUGCCUCGCUACGCUGAUGGGACGUGACAUGGACAGUGUAUACGCGCAGUGGCGCACUUAUAUAGCGCACUUUUGUUCGGUCCGGUUAGCUUAGUUUUAAGUAGAAGUUUAUAGACAUUCAUUCUACAUGUAUCCGACUGAUACGAUAGUGGUUUAAGUUUAUCAUAACCUUACUUUUAGAUAUCAGUAUUAAAUUUUUAUUAUUUUAACUUGGCUAUUAUUGCAGGAGCGGUUUGUCUGAAUCUUUGUUUACUAUCAGUCGUGUAUAUGAUGAAAUAGUGAUCUGUGCCGGAACUAUAUUUAUGUGGAAUCGUCUUCACGUCCAGUGAUUUGUACGUUACUAUUUUAAUUAUGUUUAAUAUAAAACAGUGCAUACUUGUAUCUUAACUAUUAUAUAUUUUUUUUGUACAUACUUCAAUUGUGCAUAUAGAUUAUUAUAUCGGAUUUAUAAAAGUGUUUAUAUUUAAGCAAACAUUCAUUCGUAAUUAAUUUUAUUAGAUUGUGUUAGAGUACAUUUUUAUCCUAACAGCAAUUUUUACGAACAAUUUAUUGUAUAUGUCGUAACUGCUUAUUUAAAAUGUGACUAUACACACACAAUAUGUACAUUUUAAUUUAAUACGUAGUCACAAGAUAUAUAUUUUUAUUGAUCCAUCAAAGCAAGUAUACAUCACACUUUGUAGUCAUAUUUUAAAUCUGCUCUUAUAAAUUUUUAUAUUUAAACUAUUGAUGUUUGAAUUCUCAAAGUUAAUAUACGAAAAAGUUAGAUAAAAAUGUUUGUUACAUGCAAUUUUAAGGUGACUUAUUUUAUUUAAAUUCAAUUU